GGGCGCAGGACGACUUGACAGACAGAAGAGCCCCAGGCGCAGGUCAGGAGGGCAGAGUUAGAGGGGGAACACCAAGUGAGUAGGGAAGGGAGCCUCUUAGCCCCAGCUAGAGGCCUGAGAGAUGGAGAGCGCCCAAUACGACCCCGCUCCGACCUCCGAGAGCUACCUCGGCUCCGAGGAGGAGACGGAGCUGGAGACAGAGGAGGAGUCCGAGGGAGAGGAAGAAACCACCGCAGAAACAGAGGAGGAGCUGGACAGCAGCAGGUUAACUGACCAGAAUGAAGAGGACAAGACCACGCAGGAGUGUAUUAUAUCUGACCCCUCCUUUUCCAUGGUAACAGUUCAACGUGAAGAUAGUGGAAUAACCUGGGAGACCAGUUCAAGUAGGUCCUCUACUCCCUGGGCCUCAGAAAGUAGUUUAACUUCUGAUAUGUAUAGUAUGGAAGGGUCAACAGUAAGUUCUCCUCCGGGGAACAUUUCUUUUAUCUUGAAUGAAGGUAAAAAGGUUCGGAAAAGAACCCGUAAGUCAUCAUCAAAGAGUGGCUCCCCAGCUUUGCGUCGGAAAGGAGGCAAAAAGAGACACUCCUUGGAAGGGCAAGCAGAUGUCCCAGCAAAUGCAAAAGACAAAGCUUCAAUUUCAGAUGGAAAGUCAGAACAAGAAAAGUCAUCUCUUGGUAUUUAUGAUAAAACUAGAAAAAAGAAGACUGCCUCAAACACACCCCCUAUCACUGGGGCAAUAUACAAAGAAUACAAGCCAUUAGUCUUAAGACCAGUUUACAUAGGAACAGUACAAUAUAAAAUUAAGAUGUUCAAUUCAGUGAAAGAAGAAAUAAUUCCUCUACAAUUUUAUGGAACAUUGCCAAAGGGUUAUGUGAUUAAGGAAAUCAAUUACAGAAAGGGGAAAGAUGCAUCUAUUACUUUAGAACCAGAUGUGACAAAUCAGGACUCUAGCAUAUCUUCCAAAGUAAGCAAACCAAUGACCCCAAAUAUAGAGAGUAAUAAAGAAAAGCAGCUUUCUCCACCCUGGAGAGAAGCAAUGUCUAAAGAGUCCAGGCCAGUGCCAUCAUUUCUUAAGGAUAUAGAAAGGCCAAAGGAAAUUGAUUCAUAUUCCCCGCUAAAUACAGCUGCAGCAUCUGGGCUCAAACAUGCUGUUUCCUCAUAUUCUAGUAAUGAAACUAUGGAGCCUCAGAGUCUCCCAUCAUCAGCUUCAACACUUCCAGCUGAAGAAGCAAAAAUACAUGAAAUACAAAUGAAUUCUCUAGAUACCGCAACCUCAGAAUUGAUGGCACCCAAAAUGGUGAAGGAAGAGUUGAAAGCUGAUACACAACAAGCUGCAGUUUUAUCACCCACACUUUCAACAUCACCAUUUUUUGUGGAUGAAGUUGGAGAGGCAGAAAGAGAAUCCGAUUUAUUGGCAACUGCUGCUACAUCUAUUUCUGAGAAUCUCACUUCGACUAAGGCAGAAAAGGAAGCCUUUGAGUCAGAUUCACCAGUCACUGCAGCAUCUGCUCCAGGGCCUUUUAGUACAAAUGUAGAAAACCUGGAGCUGCCUUCCCUAGAAAAAGAAGAGUCAGUUUCUCCAACUGGUGAAGGGGAGAUGGAAGAGACUAAGCCUGAAUCAACAGUUUCUUCCUCUGCACCUCCAGCCUUGGGAGAAAUGAAAGAGGAAGAGGAGGGUGUUUCCUUGCCAAUAACUUCAGGGUCAGAACUGGAACCCUCAUAUGUAUCAGAAGAAGAGAUCAUUGAAAUUGAUUACCCAGAAAGCCCAACUCCUUCUGAAAAUGCCAUCCCACCACAUUUGGUUCAUGAAGGGGAGAGAGAAGAAGCUGAACCCGACUUGCCACUAUUGGCCACAUCCACUUCUGAACAUGUGGCUUUAUUAGAGAAAGAGAGAGAGGAAAUUGGGCCUAUUUCUCCAGAUUCAGACUUUGCAUCCGAGUUUUCAAGUCUAUCAUAUUCAACCCAUGAACUAGAGGAAAAAGAAACUAAGCCGGUUUCUCCACCAGCUGUAAUGUCAGCAUCUGAACAUGAAAUUUUGUCAGAAGAAGAGACCGUGCCUUACUCCCCAGAGUUCACAUCUGUCUCUGAGUAUUCUAUGACAUCUCCUACAACAGAAGAGGAAAGUAUUAGAUGUGAAACCCCUACACCUUUAGCAUCUACAUCUGAAGCAACCAUCUUCUCAGAAGAAGAGACCCUCGAAAGUGAACGUUAUACACCAGAUUCCACAUCUGCUUCUGAGUAUUCAAUUCCCCCAUACAUGGCACAGGAGUCACAGAAGGAAGAAACCGAUCAGCAGACACCACUAAGCUCAGUAGCCAUAGCUGAACAAAUGAUUGUAUCUGAAGAAGAAAAAGAUGACAUCGGACCCUUUUCUCCAGAUUCAGCAUUUGUGUCUGAAUAUUCAUUUUCACCUCAUGCAGUUCAAGAGUCAGAAAAAGAAGAAUCUGAAAGGGAUUACCCACUACGCUCAACAUCGCCUUCUGAACACACCAUUUUGACUGAAGAAGAGAAUGAAGAGAUGGAGCCUUUUUCACCAGACUCAGCCUCUGACUUUUCAGUCCCACCUUACGUAACACCUGAACCAGAGAAGAAAGACAAUGAACCUGGUUUAUUGCAAAGUGCAAUAUCUGUUUCGGAAUAUUCCAUUUUUUCAGAAGCAGAGAAGGAAGAAAUUGAGCCUGAGACCCAAACAGCUACAAUGCCUGUCCCUGGCCAUACUAUUUUGUCACAGAAGCAAAAAACUCAACAUCCUUCUUUAGUGUCAGGGUCCGAACAAUUGAAUCUGCCACCUUCAACAGCUGAAGUAGAAAAGGGAGAAGUCAAGCCCAGCUCCCAAACAGCUAGCAAAUCUGUAUCUGAGUAUCUCAUUUUGUCACAGAAGCAAAAAAUUGAAGGUCCCUUUCAGGUACCUGAGUCUGAACAUUCAAUUCCACCAUCUUCAACUGAUGAAAGAGAGAAGGAAGAAAUCAGGCCUGAUUCAUCAGUACCUGCCUUCAUGAAGGCAGAUUCAUCUGAGAAAGAAAAAAUCAAGCCAGUUUUACCAGAAAUUUCUGUCACUAAGCCUCAAGAAUCAAUCCCACCAGCGUCAACUCAAGAAGUAAAGAAAGAGCCAGGAAUGGAAUCCACACAUAUUCAAAAAGAGACAUCUGAACAUUUGGCUUUUUCAAAAGUAAGCAAGGAAGAAACCAUGCCCAACUCCCAGGCCACUCCACCUGAAUACCCAGCUUCAUUGCAGCAUAAAGAAACGGAGCCCCAUUCUCCAAGGGUCCCAGAGUAUGUGAUGGAACCCUCAGUUGCACCUGGGGAGGCAGGGAAGAAAGUGGGAUCUGAUUCUAUGUCAGUUGAGAUGCCUGUGAUUCAGCAGGAAACUUUACUGAAGAAUAAGGAAAACCUGAAAGAUAUCCAAGAGGCAAAAUCGCUAGCUGGAUUUGGAGUUUCACAAGCAGAGACAGAGGAAAAAGUUAGGCAGGACAAAGAACAAGCAGCCAUACCUGAAUCCCAGCACCUGAUUUUAUCAGAAUUAGAGAAAGAGGGAACCCCACAUGCCUAUGAACUGAAAUCCUCAUCUUUGUCAGAAGAAACUAAACAGGAAAUUGAGCCUGAUUCUCCACAAGCCACAGUAUCAGAACUCAAACCAUUACUUUUGCCCAGAGUAGUAAAGGAAGAAAUCCAAUCAGAUUCACCACUUCCCACAACAUCUGUAUUUGAUUCAGUCUUAUCAAAAGCAAGCAAGGAAGAAGUGGAUCACAGUUGUCCACCAACAGAAUGUCUACUUCUAAAUGAGAAAGAAAAGGAAGUAGGUGAAUCCAGCCCUUCACCUAUCGAAACAACCGCAUCUAAGCCUCCAAUCUGGUCAGAAGUACAUAAAGAAGAAGUGAAUUUCCAUGCAACACAAAAUGCAAGCUAUUCAGCAGAGCAUGCAGUUUUGGCAGAAGUGGUAAAGGAAGAGGAAAAACCUGGGUCCCCUGUGCCUGAGCAUUCAGUUUUAUCAAAGGUAGGAAGUGAUCAAGGCAUCCCACCUUUGACAGUUCCUGCACCUGAACGUUCGACUUUGUCAAAAAAGCAAGUCCCUGAAUUAUCCACUCCAGCACCAGUGACUGGAGGUUCAGUUCCACCAUACAUGGCUGUUGAAAUGGAGAAAAAAGAUACCAAACUUCCUUCAUCAAAGACUGUCACAUCAGCAUCAGAUCAAGCAGUUCCAUCACAAGAAAAGGAAGAAAUAAAAUACCCCCCACAUGAACUGGAAACUUUGGGGACAGGAGAGUUAUCUAUGGAAUCCAUGACUCCUACAGGUGAGAGGAGCAGACAAGAACAUGGAACACUGAUAUCAGAUAAGAGUUACUUGCCAUCAGAAAAGCCAGCUGUUGCUUCAUCAAGUCAUCCAGUGGAGCCUGAGAAGACAGGCAUGUUACUCCAAACCCUAGAAUUAUCAGGGGCUGUAUCAGAGCUGUCAAAGGACUUAGUGAGUGAAAAGGAACAUAAGGAUGCAAAACUGGAAAUAUCUCUCACAUCAGAAACAGGAAGCUCAGUGCCGGAAAGGGCAAAGUCUGAGGCUAAGACCAGGGAAGAAGGAAAGCAAGAGCAUAAGCCUUUCUCAGAUGAGGUGACCAGUGUGGUGUCAGAUAAAUCAGUACCUUCUUUCAUUGAAAAAGAAAAUAUAGAACCACGGCAAGAUCAUUUUUCAUUAAAAGAAUUAUUGCAAGAGUCAGGAGAUUUGGCAGACUCUAACAAAGGAGAGACUCAAAAAGGUCAUCCUCUGACCUCUAUAGGAGAUUUGGUCCCACAAGGAGCAAGAGAUAUUUUGACCAAAACAAAUGGAGACAUCACCCAAACACAUUCACUCCCUGUAUCAGAAAAUGUGCCUGAGCCAUCCAAAAUGGCUUCUUCUGAUCUCUCCGAGGAACGAGCAAAGCAAAAAACUACACUUUGCCCAGAUGAUGUUGUUAGUUUACCUGACCUAUCAAUACCUUCAUUGAGCAGUGCCUUGGCUGAUCAACAGGAUAGUGCUACUAAGUCACAUUCAUUCGCAGGAGCAAAUUUGCCUUUGGAAGAGUUGAAAUCUAUUGUCAUGAUUAAGCCUGGAGAUGUUAUGGAUGCAAAAGAUUCCCUCCCUUUGCAAAAAGAAGGAAGCUGGCUGCAGAAAGAACCGAGCCAAGAGCAGGCUAGCCCUGACAAAGAAAGAGUGCUGGAGUCAGGGCAGCUGUGUUCCUCUGCCACAGAUGGAAGAUUGUUGGGACAGGUAACAUCUGUUCCACCUGAGGAGAAACAACCUUAUGAACAUAUAAAACAAGAAAGCCUUUACCCAGCUGAAGAACCUGAUUUAUCAGCACACAGACCAACAUCUCCUCUGACAACUCAAACUUAUUCUUCUCCUGAAAUACAAGUGGCUGAACAGCCACAAGGUACACUUCUAGUUGCAAAUGUAGUUAAACCUGAAGUUAAUGGGAAGCAGCAAUCUUCAUCAGUGGAUUCUGAAAGUAUGAUACCAGAAAAGUUAGGCACUGAAGAGGAUGGCCAGGAAAAAUUCAUACCAACCUCUGAAAGUGCCACUAAGGUCCAAACUCGAAUCUCUGGCGACCACCUAAAGGAGCAGGUAAAGCCUGAAAUUAUUCCUUCUUCAGUCAAAGCAACCAGUUGUCUGGAAGAAGAUUCAGUAGCAGCCUUAGGUAGUGAAAAAGAAGAUCUGGGAAGUACACCAUAUUCUUCCACAGAGAAAAGAUUGUUGGAGGAAUCAAAAGCAGACACUUCAAAGGUUGUGAAAAAUGCUGAAGAAGCCCAGCAGUCAGAAUCAGAAAAACCUCUGCCUGAGGCCAAAAUAUCAAUGCAAGAAAAAUCAAAGCUUUCCCUAAUUCAAUCUGGGGAAAUAAGUGCGCCGCUGGAUUCCCCGGAAACAAUUAACAAAGUGCCAGAGCAGGCUGAAACUGCUACCCCAAGCACUGUUACCGACAGUAAAGCCAAAAAAAGAGUUUCAUCUUUCACAUCUUGGAUGGCCAGUCUGUUUUUUGGAGCAAGCACUCCAGAAAAUGAUGUUGAUGAAAAAGAAGCUCAGCCAAGUCCUGCUACAGACACAGCUGUGUUGGAAGACAAUGUUAAAAUGACAUUUUCAGCUGCCCCUGAUGACUUUAAUGAAGCUGAGAAACCAGCACUAUCUCCUUCAUCAGUGUCAGGACUUUUGCCUAAGAAAGAACCUGAAGUCACUUUAAUUAAAGCCAGUGAAGAAAGAGAGCAGAAAGAAACACCACUAACUUUACCUAACCAAGUGGAUAAGGAGCUAUCCAAGUUGACUCUGUUAAGUGGUGAAAAGGUGUCACAAAAAUCAGAGCCAUUACCAACGCAUCAUUUACCAGAGUCAGAAUUGUUAUCUGGAGUAGAAUCUAGAACUGCCUUAACAGAAUCUGGAAAACAAAGACAAUCCAAAGAAGAACCUAUGUUUUUAUCUGCCAUGGAAGAAACUCCACCAGAACUACCCAAACUCAUUUCUGGGAAUCUUACUGAAGAACGUAAGACUCCAGAAAAUGGGAAGGAAGAAAAGCAAUCUUUAUCAGGCAUAGGGGUUGAGAUGCCAUCAGAAGAACCAGCAAGCAUCAAAGUUACUUCUACUCAGAACAGGACAUAUCUUGAAAACCAGCUUCCUCUUUUGGGAAAACAUUUGGUUUCAGAUGAAGCUGAAAAUGGUGCUUCUGUUCACAUGACUGGUGAUAACAAGGUACAAAAGGCAGAAAUCUGCACUCACUCUGAAACAAGCCAGCUAACAGAAGAAUCAAAGAGUGUUUUAACCUAUCUCGAUGAACAGUAUGACCAAGAAAAAACAUUGUUCUCUCCAGUGGAAGUGGAUCAAGUUACUUGGUCACCAAAGUCAACUCCAUCAGAAUUUGCAGGUGAAAGGAUUAUGAAAGAUUCAGCAAAGCUGGAGUCAAGAACUUUAACAAUAGAAGAAUCAAAAGACAGUUUAAUUAAAGUUGGUGAUGACAGACUGGAGGAAAAAAUGCCAAAGGCUGUAUCUUCAUCAUUUUAUGAUGAUGAGCCUAACCUAAAAACUGUAAGUUCAACUGAUGAAGAAAAAGUGUUAGAACAAAAACCAUAUCACAUCAUGGAAAAAGCUAUGGUGGCAGAAAAGUCAGAAAUGGCAGUCCCACUGAUGCCAAGAGAUUCAAAGGAAAUAAAGAUGGCAGGCAUCUUACAGGAAUCAGGACUACAUCAAGUGGAAUACUCAAAAGACUCUGUUCUUCAGUUCUGUGAAAAUAAUGAAGACAAAGGAAUGGUGCCCAAGACGCCUGUUGAAGUCAGUAUGGGGUCAGAGAUACCCAAGUCUACUGCUUCAAUCCCCAGUGAAAAUCAGCUCUCUUCUGCAGAGAAAGGCAUGAAGGAAGAUUCAAAACCUCUUCUAAUUCUGGGAUCCAGAGAAGUGUCUGAGGAAUUAGGUACGACUCUUGGAAGCUGUGUGGAUGAAAGUCAACCGCUAUCAUUUGCUAAAGCAGAUUUUUUCAAGGAAUCACAGAUUGCUUCAGUGGGCCCCACAGAAAGGAGCAAAGAAGAAAGUUGUCAAUCUUCUUUGGCAGAGAAAGAAAAGUUAAUUUUGGGAAGAUCUGAUGCCAUCACAGUCAGUCCUGAGGAAGAAGAAAAAACGUUAGAACAAAAACCAUAUCACAUCAUGGAAAAAGCUAUGGUGGCAGAAAAGUCAGAAAUGGCAGUCCCACUGAUGCCAAGAGAUUCAAAGGAAAUAAAGAUGGCAGGCAUCUUACAGGAAUCAGGACUACAUCAAGUGGAAUACUCAAAAGACUCUGUACUUCAGUUCUGUGAAAAUAAAGAAGACAAAGGACUGGUGCCCAAGAUGCCUGUUGAAGUCAGUAUGGAGUCAGAGAUACCCAAGUCUACUGCUUCAAUCCCCAGUGAAAAUCAGCUCUCUUCUGCAGAGAAAGGCAUGAAGGAAGAUUCAAAACCUCAUCUAAUUCUGGGAUCCAGAGAAGUGUCUGAGGAAUUAGGUAUGACCCUUGGAAGCUCUGUGGAUGAAAGUCAACUGCUAUCAUUUGGUAAAGCAGAUUUUUUCAAGGAAUCACAGAUUGCUUCAGUGGGCCCCACGGAAAGGAGCAAAGGAGAAAGUUGUCAAUCUCCUUUGGCAGAGAAAGAAAAGUUAAUUUUGGGAAGAUCUGAUGCCAUCACAGUCAGUCCUGAGGAAGAAGAAAAAACGUUAGAACAAAAACCAUACCACAUCAUGGAAAAAGCUAUGGUGGCAGAAAAGUCAGAAAUGGCAGUCCCACUGAUGCCAAGAGAUUCAAAGGAAAUAAAGAUGGCAGGCAUCUUACAGGAAUCAGGACUACAUCAAGUGGAAUACUCAAAAGACUCUGUACUUCAGUUCUGUGAAAAUAAAGAAGACAAAGGAAUGGUGCCCAAGAUGCCUGUUGAAGUUAGUAUGGGGUCAGAGAUACCCAAGUCUACUGCUUCAAUCCCCAGUGAAAAUCAACUCUCUUCUGCAGAGAGAGGCAUGAAGGAAGAUUCAAAACCUCAUCUAAUUCUGGGAUCCAGAGAAGUGUCUGAGGAAUUAGGUAUGACCCUUGGAAGCUCUGUGGAUGAAAGUCAACUGCUAUCAUUUGCUAAAGCAGAUUUUUUCAAGGAAUCACAGAUUGUUUCAGUGGGCCCCACGGAAAGGAGCAAAGGAGAAAGUUGUCAAUCUUCUUUGGCAGAGAAAGAAAAGUUAAUUUUGGGAAGAUCUGAUGCCAUCACAGUCAGUCCUGAGGAAGAAGAAAAAACGUUAGAACAAAAACCAUACCACAUCAUGGAAAAAGCUAUGGUGGCAGAAAAGUCAGAAAUGGCAGUCCCACUGAUGCCAAGAGAUUCAAAGGAAAUAAAGAUGGCAGGCAUCUUACAGGAAUCAGGACUACAUCAAGUGGAAUACUCAAAAGACUCUGUACUUCAGUUCUGUGAAAAUAAUGAAGACAAAGGAAUGGUGCCCAAGAUGCCUGUUGAAGUCAGUAUGGGGUCAGAGAUACCCAAGUCUACUGCUUCAAUCCCCAGUGAAAAUCAACUCUCUUCUGUAGAGAGAGGCAUGAAGGAAGAUUCAAAGCCUCAUCUAAUUCUGGGAUCCAGAGAAGUGUCUGAGGAAUUAGGUAUGACUCUUGGAAGCUCUGUGGUUGAAAGUCAACCGCUGUCAUUUGCUAAAGAAGAUUUUUUCAAGGAAUCACAGUUUGCUUCAGUGGGCCCCAUGGAAAGAAGCAAAGAAGAAAGUUGUCAAUCUCCUUUGACAGAGAAAGAAAAGUUAAUUUUGGGAAGAUCUGAAGCCAUCACAGUCAGUCCUGAGGAGGAAGGUGAACAAAAAAGAAGCCUUCCAAAUUUAUCUCCAGGUGAAAAUAAUCAAAUGACUCAACCUUACUCAGCAGAGAGAACCAAUUUUGCCUCUGAAGAAUCAGGAAUCACCUUUGGUAUUUCUCAUGAUGAAACUGAAAAUCUGAAAAAUCAAACAUAUUCUCUGGCUAAAGCAAAAUCAGUUACUGGAGGAUCACAAACAGUGCUCUCAGUGGCUCACCCAGACAUUAAGGAAACAAAAACAAUAGGAAUUAAGCCAACUCCUUUAAGUAAAACUGAUUCAUUGGAAGAAAAAACUAGUACAUUAAUUCCAAGUAGUCCUGGUCACAGAGUCAAAGUAGACCAGGAGGACAUUCAUGCUAUACCUGAUAUAGGAAGUCUGACAUCUAAAAUACUAAGUCACAAUGAGGAAAAGGAACAACACUUGCUUUUCUCUGACAUACCACAUGCCACAGCUGAGCCUUCCAAAGAGGCUUUACCUGAUAUUACCAAAGAAAGCAAGAAGCAAGAGUCACAACCCAAAUUAGAAACCUUCAGUAAAGUGGUGUCUAGAGAAUCCGAAAUUACUCUAGAUCGUCCCUUUGAUGGAACAGGGAACUUAAAUCAAUUAUCUUCUUUUCCAGAAGCCAUUUUCUCACCUGUGAAAUCACCAGCUGUGAUUUCAGUAUCUUCUCCAGAAGUUAAUAUAUCAGAGAUAUCAGUAAUUUCACCACCAGAACUAACUGGAGUAGGUCAUGUUCACCAAACCAAAGACGGAGCACCAGAUUCACCUAUACCACUUACUUUUGUCUCAAAGCAAGUUUCUGAUUCCCAGACAAAGCCUAUAGGACAUCUUCAGGUAGAUAAACCAUACCCAUUGGCAAUUCAUGAUUCUGAUCAAGUUACAUGUGAUAUGCCAUCAACUAAUGGUGAAGAAAUUUCUUCCACUGAAGGUAUAGAAAAGAAACCUGAAAAUCUUUUUGUAAAAGAUGGAGCAUUUGCAGCUCCUGUGGCGACCAGCAAGCCCCCCGGCCUCACAGAAGAUCAAAAAAAUGCAUUUAGCAUCAUCUCUGAAGGUUGUGAAAUACUGAACAUCCAUGCUCCUGCUUUUAUUUCAUCAGUUGAUGAAGAAGAGUGUGAAAAAAUGCAGGAUAAGUUAGAGUACUUGGAAAAGAAGACUUCACAAAGCAUUCAACCCUUUCACGAUGACAAUCAGGUGACUGUAGUUCAGGAAACUGUGAGAAAUGAGUCCCAUGCAAGUGACUUGGAUGCAGAUGUGUCCCUGGGGAAGGGACAGAUGCAAGAGAAAACUCACCCAGCAGAAGAGGACAUUUCCGGUGGCUCAGAUGUAGCCUUCAGUUAUCAUACAAUGCCCAGUGAUGAGGAUUAUUUUGAAAAAUAUACUUUAAUUGACUAUAACAUCUCCCCAGAGCCACUGAAAAAAGAAUCCUUUCAAAAGCAAGACACUGAAAGAGAACCCCAAAAGAAAGUUCCUGAAGAAACCAUCUCUUUCCCAGAAAGUUCAGCGGAUAAGACUCUGGAAUAUGAAUUUGACUUGGUAAAAUUAGAUGAAAGCUUUUAUGGAAUGGAAAAGGAUGAUGGCAAAGUUUCUUAUACAGAAUCUCAGCCAUCUUUACCUACUCUCAGAUCUACUGACAGUGAGACACCAAAGAAUGUAGCCAGAGAUGUGGAAUCAAAGUCCCCUGGAAUGCCCUUAUUUAAUGCAGAAGAAGGAGUGUUAUCCCGAACUCAACUAUUUCCUACGGAAGUUAAAGCUGUCAACCCAGAGUUGCUAGAGGAACCGCCAGCGCUAGCAUUCUUAUAUAAAGAUCUGUAUGAAGAAGCAGUUGGGGACAAAAAAAGGGAAGGUGAGACCACCUCUGAUAGGGAGAGUCUGAAUUCUGAUGCUUCAUUUCCAAGCAGACAUUCUGAUGCUGAGGAGGGAACUGGAAUGUAUUUUGAGAAGUACAUUCUUAAAGAUGACAUUCUAAAUGAUGCAUCUGGAUAUCAGAAAGACCAAAGCCAACCUCUGGAAGAAAUACCAGUUGGUAAAGAUGAUUCAUGCCAACUGAUAGCUAGAGAAGGAGAAAUCUGGGGGAGGUUUGGAAUUAAUUUGGGAGAGAGGAGCGUGGAGGAGGAACAGAAAGUUAUGUUUGGUGAAGGGGAAUUAAGAGGCACUGUGGAAAACCAUAAGGAUGGAGAGGUACAAGGGAAAAUGCCCAUCACUGAGGAAGUCCAGUUGGCUUCUCAGAAAAUAAGUUAUGCAGUACCCUUCCAAGACACACAUCACAUUUUAGAGAGAGUAGACGAACCUGAUAGCCAGGGUAAUGAAGAAGAAAAUGCCAGUCCUGAGGCAAGUCAGCAUUUCCCAGUGGAAGUGUCUUACCCAGAAGAAGAACUCACGUCAGGUGCAACACCUGCUCCAGAAAGCCUGCAAGUAGAACCUCAAGUAUUUGUACCUCCUGAAAUGAUGGAGGCAAGGGCCUGCAGCCCUGUUCAGGAUGAAUAUGAGUUUGCAGAAUUAAUGAAUUAUGAAGUGGUUACUCAAGAGGAUCUCUUAUCUGAUGACUUGUUUUCUGAAUCCACGCCCGAAGAUGUCCUAUCCCAAGGCAAGGAGUCUUUUGAGCUUAUUGGUGAAAAUGAUGAUUUUGCAAAGGAAGUGGAACAAAAUAAGUCUGUUCUACAGAAGGAUUCUGGACCUGAGGUUGUAGAGCCAGAGCGAUUAUUGGCAGAAGCGGAAGAUACACAGAAAGAAACCAAAAAAUCCCAAAUCGACACAUAUUGCUACACAUGCAAAUGCCCUAUUUCUGCAAUUGACAAGAUAUUCGGUGCACACAAAGACCAUGAAGUCGCGGCACUUGACACAGCUAUCGAUGUGGUCAAGAUUCAAUUAGGAGAAUUUCUAGAAAAUUUAAAAGAGAAGUCUCUGAAGAUUGAAGCAUUUGUUACCAAGAUAGAAUCAUUCUUCAACACUAUUGAGGAAAACUGUAGCAAAAAUGAGAAACGGCUCGAAGAGCAAAAUGAAGAAAUGAUGAAGAAGGUGCUGGCCCAGUAUGAUGAGAAGGCACAGAGCUUUGAGGAGGUGAAGAAGAGAAAAAUGGAAUACCUGCAUGAGCAGAUGGUGAACUUCCUACAGAGUAUGGAUACCGCCAAGGAGACUCUAGAGACAAUUGUCAAGGAAGCAGAAGAACUCGAUGAGACUGUUUUACUGACCUCAUUUAAGGAAAUCAACGACAGGCUUCUUUCUGCAAUGGAAAGCACAGCUUCUCUAGAAAACAUUCCUACGGCAUUUUCGCUUUUCGAGCAUUACGAUGACAGUUCGACAAGGAGUGACCAGAUGGUGAAACAUGUGGCAGUACCACAGCCCCCCGUACUGGAACCUCAGGAACCCAACUCUGCCACUAGCACGACAAUCACAGUGUAUUGGAGUGUGAGGAAAGAGGAUGUCGUUGACUCCUUCCAGGUCUACUGCAUGGAAGAGCCUCAAGAAGACCAUGAAGGAAAUGAUUUGGUGGAAGAAUACCGACUUACAGUGAAGGAAAGCUAUUGCCUUUUCGAAGAUCUGGAACCUGGCCGGUGUUAUCAAGUAUGGGUGAUGGCUGUCAACUUCACAGGAUGCAGCCUGCCAAGUGAGAGAGCCACUUUCAAAACUGCACCCUCCACCCCAAUAAUUAAGGCUGAGGACUGCACAGUGUGUUGGAACACUGCCAUCAUACGAUGGAGCUCUGCCAAUCCAGGGGCCGCUGAUGCCUAUACACUGGAGUACUGCCGGCAGCAUUCCCCAGAGGGAGAGGGGCUCAGAUCUUACUCUGGAAUUAAAGGAUUUCAAUUAAAAGUUAACCUCCAGCCCAAUGAUAACUACUUUUUCUAUGCAAAAGCUGUCAAUGCUUUUGGGACAAGCGAGCAGAGUGAAGCUGCUCUCAUUUCCACCAGAGGAACAAGAUUUCUCCUACUGAGAGAGACUGCUCACCCUGCACUACAGAUCUCUUCAGAUGGGACAGUAAUCCGCUUCACUGAGAGGAGGCGACUCACCGAAACUCCAUCUGUCCUGGGUGAGCAACUACCUGCCUGUGGCCAACACUACUGGGAAACCACAGUAACAGACUGUCCAGCAUAUCGUCUAGGAAUCUGCUCCAGUUCUAAUGUGCAGGGUGGUGCCCUGGGACAGGGUGACGCUUCCUGGUAUAUGCACUGUUCUGAGCCACAGAGGUAUAAAUUUUUCAGCAAUGGCACGGUGAGCAACGUCCAUGUGACUGAGCAUCCAGUCAGAGUGGGCAUUCUGCUAGACUACAGCAACCAGAGACUUUUAUUCAUAAAUGCUGAGAGUGGGCAGCUACUCUUCACCAUCAGGCACAGAUUCACUGGGCCCAUUCAUCCUGCCUUUGCCCUAGAGAAGCCUGGACAAUUCACCCUGCACCUGGGAAAAGAGCCGCCAGAUUUUUUGAGGCAUAAAUAAUGAUUUGCUUUCAAAGUAGUGUUAUUUGGAAGAGAAAAAAAUUCACAUUUAAGGGGUCUGUUCUCCUUUCCACGAGCCCUCAGCACUUGUGUCCACACCCACCCCACAACUACUAAUAACAGCAUUACACAUGAUAAUAAAACAGCACACACAGAAUAAUAUGACCUUUCAUUUGUGUGGCCUUGUGUGAGAAGAAAGGUGAAUGGCCUCUCCCCAUUGAGUUAUACAUUGUGAUGUAUACUCAAAAUAAAUUUCUAAAGAAAAGGAUGGGGUUAGACCUGUGGGUCAAAAUGGAGAGAGCUACAUUCAUACAGAGGAAUUCUCUCUUCAUUAUUAAGGAAGUAAUUACCGUGACGGACAGUCGGGGAGAAAGAAAGAGGGAAUGAUCUACCACACGAAUGAGUUGCUUUUCCCACAUUGGACUCUUUCCACAGGGGAAUGAAAUCUAACAAGUCCUAUGACAUUUCUCCAUGAGACAAUGAGUCCUAGUCACAGAAUAAUAUCUCUCACUCUGAAAAUGUUAUCUGUAAAGGUUAUAAUGAACUAUUGUAUAAUAUUGUAUACUCUUGUACACGAGCCCCUUUUCUUUCAAAAUCGAAAUGUAGAAACUGCUAAACUUUAGGAAUCUGCUUUUCUAUAAAUAAAUGGGUAGAAAAUAUAAAAAUAGUGGCCGUGAAGACUUUAUUAUACAUAAUGGAUCAUAGAUCAACUUAUCUACAUAUCCUAUAUAUUAAAUUACCUUCUUAGAAACACCUGAGAAAAGCUGAUGGGCAUUGUAUUUCUAGGGGCAAAGCUUUGAUUAAUUUUUUUAAAUGUGAAAAUGAUACCACAAAUUUUUCCAAAAAAACAUUUUAUUAGCUCAUAGACAAGAUCAGCUAUGAGAAAAAGAGGGUGUAUAUAUGUUUAUUUAGGUUAUUGCUUCUCACUGGAUAUAGUUUUUAAGAGCAUGUUUUAUUGACAUUUUUCAUCAUUAUAUCAUAGUCAUUUAUGAAAACAAUGACAAAACCCUUUCCAGACCUCCCAUACUGAAUUCCUUCCCCAUGUAACAAAGGAAAACAACCAACCAAACCCCUCUCACUCCACCCCCCACACCCCCACACGCAUCUGGUUCAAUGACUGCAUCUGAAAAUGUAUUCAACCUUCUGCUCUAGUAUUCCCUAGGGUGUGCUGGAGCCAGAUCAUUCUGGCUCAAGAGAGCUGAUUAUCGAAUUUUGAGUGUGAGCAUUUGCACCUGGGAAAUUGGCUAACACUAAAAUCAGAGCUUGAUUUAUUGUUAUGGGUAAUGUCUAGACUUAGGGAAGUUAUGGGGAAAAUAUUAUUAAUGCAGAUUAAACUAAAAAGUAUGUCCUGUGUACAUUUUUUUGGAAAGCCAGUUGUUAAAUAUUUAUCGGCACACUCCUCGUAGUCCCCCUCCAGACACAAGUUUGAAACACUCUCAAAAUUUUACUGAAAAAUAGUCUUAGAAUAGACAAAUCUUGACAUGUCUUUUAGGAUAAUGUUACUCUCAUUUUUUUUAAAAGUAUAAAUACUUAGAUCCUAUUUUCUGAAUCUCUCAGAAGGGAUCUCAGAGCUCCUCUGGUCCAGCCUGGAUAUGAAUAAGAAUCUCUUUGACAGCAUCCCCAACAAGGGAUCCUCCAGGCCUACCUGAUGGUCUCUGGGGAAGGAGACACCACUACCUCCUGAGGCAGAUCAAUCCACAACUGGCUGCUCUAAUUAUUGGGAUUUUUCUCUUACAUAAAACUUAAGUCUUGGUCACUUCCACCCCCUGUUCCUAGUUAUGCCUUUUGGGAUCAAGCAGAACAAAUCUGAACUUUCUUCCAAAUGGAAAUCCCUUCCAGCUCUUGCUUAUACUCAUCCUGGCCCCCUUGUCUUCUGUUUUCAGAUUAAGCAUACCCAGUUUCUCCAACAGAUAGUCAUGGUAUGGUCUCCUCUCCCCUUAUCACCCUGAUCACUUUCCUCUGGUUUAGCUCCAACUUGUCAAUAUCUCAUCUAAGAUGUGACACCCAAAUAGGGAACAGAAACUGUGAUCUAAUUAUUAUGGAAAGGAAAAGCAAGCUCUCUUUGCCAAUUCAGGUCUGUAAUAUAUAGUGUUUGAAAAAAUACAUAUAUGUAUUGUAUUUGAGAGUUGCUUGGGAUUCCAAGAGGUUAAGCAGUUUGUGCAAGGGCACAGGGUCAGUAUGUGUCUGGGAGGGGAUUUGAACCCAGAUCUUCCUGGCUCUAAAGCCAGCUCUCUAUCUAUUUUACCAUACUGUCUCUAACCACAAUGUCCAGAAUUCAGCAUAAUACUUUGGAUGUAGUCUGACCAAGACCAAGUAUAGCAGAAGUAUUGUCUCCCUUCCUUGGGACACUCUCUUAGGAACAGUAGGAUGGUGUGAGUUUUCUGGUUGUAAGGAAAGAAUGUUGAGUUUACACUGCACUGAAAUGACCCAGAAUUUUUUCCCAUAUAAACUUUCAUCUAGACCAA